GAGAGAGCAGGCACAUCCUCAGAGCCCUGCGAGGAGCACAUCCCCAGGUACGCCAGCUGUCUGCCCCCUGCAGAGAUGGUGCGAGUGACUCCCUUCCUCCUGGUGCUCAGCCUGGCCCUGGUGGCUCAGGGCCUCUCUGACAGAAAGUCCCCUCCACUCCAGUGCACGCUGACUGGGCUCUGGAUCAACGACCUGGGCUCCAACAUGACCAUCGGGGAUUUGAACAGAAAAGGUGAAUUUGCUGGCUCCUACCACACAGCUGUGACAGCCACCACAAAUGAGAUUCAGGUGUCACCGCUGCAGGGGUCCCAGCAUCGCACGAACCAGAAGAGCCAGCCCACCUUUGGCUUCACUGUCAACUGGAAAUUUUCAGACUCCAUUACUGUCUUCACGGGCCAGUGCUUUGUGGAUGAUGAGGGAAAGGAGGUUUUGAAGACCAUGUGGCUCCUUCGGUCACGUGUGGACAACAUCAAGGAUGACUGGAAAGCCACAAGAGUUGGCAUCAACAUCUUCACCCCCCUGCACUCGCAUAAGGAGUGACGGUGACAGCAUGGGGGUUCCUGGGCUGGUGGCAGCUCCGCGGCUGCCCCCCCCCCCCCACCUGCUUCUCCCAAUAAAGCUUUGCUGC